AACAAAGAGAAAUUCACUUUUUUUAAUAUAGAAAUUAUUAAAAUUUUUUUCAUUUUCUAUAUUUUCAGUUAAUACCGCACCAUGCCUUUGAACACAGAACAGUUGCAGGCGGCCUAUGCACACCGCCGUGAUAUGGAAGUUCAGCACGCAGAACGAGUUGAGGCUGUUAAUCAGUACUACAAUCACUGGAAUAAAGUAACAAGUCGUUAUGCUAAUUGGACCAAACCAGAGUAUUACGAAAAAGCUGAAGCGAAACUUAAAAAGAAGAGAGAAAAUAUUGAAAAAGAGAAAUCUCUCAAGGAAAGACGAGAAAAGUUACGUGAAUUGCUGAAGAAAGAAACAGAUAUGUAUGAAAAGGAGAUACUUGAAAAAAAGAAGCCAAGGCAUCGAAGAAUUACCGCAGAAACUGAGAUGUUGGAAAGAGUCUAUGGUAAUGAACAAUUGCGGCAGAAUAUGAAACGUAAAUUAGAAAUGGAAGCCAAAUUAUUUGGCAGAAUGCGUUAUGGCAAUGAUGACGAAAAUGCAUUAUUUAAGUCUAAAUCUGAUAAUCAGGUACUGGCCAAACUAAAUUGGCUAGAUAAAAAGAUAGAUGAUCAAAUACAACGUGAUAAGGAUGAAGCCGAAGCGCGAGAACAGAAUUUGCGUUUGCAAGAAGAAAUAAACAAAGCUGAACAAGCACAAAAGGAGUGUCAAGAAAUACGUGAAAAAGAAAUCCAAGAAAUUAGUACACUACAAGAGCGUCAUAUGAAGGAACUCAAGGAACGACAAGGUGAAACCGAACAAUUAAAAAAAAAAGAAAAUGAAAUGCGUGAUCAGCUGGAAGACUUGGAGAAAGAAUUCAUAUUGUUAAAUGAGAGCGCAAAGGUUGUGUGUAAACCAAUUGAAGGUUUAAACGCUUACAACCUCAAAAAGAUAAAAGUAGUUAUGCGUGCACGUUCUGAUAUCUACCGUAAGCUAUUGCAACUUUCAAUAGAUAUUCUAAAACGUGUACAGCCAGUAGCCACUAAGCGUGAAGAUUUUGAUCAUUUGAUUAAGAAAUAUCAGGAUGAACUUGGGAAUGAAGCGCUUAUACUUUCACAUAUUGAUGCAAUGUAUGAAUCUGAAGCAAAAAUCUGUAUGCAAGGUUGUGAAAAGAAAUGGCAGGAUGAGCAUAUGGAACGCUAUGAAGCAAUCAAAAAUUUGUUAAAUACGGAGCAAGUUAACUUAUCAAUGAAACUAGAUGAAAAUUUAAAAAAGCAAAACGAUGUUUUAGACAUACGCACUGCACAUCUUACUUCUAUCGAGACAUUAAAUGAAAAAUUGAAACAGCUGACAGAGGAGCAAGAACAAUCUGGGAAUGCCAUUUUAGAUGUACGAAAACUAACACCAAGACCUGUUGUAUCAAACGCAGUCAUUCCACAAACAGAAUCUGCAGUGAAUACGCCACGAUCAACUAAUUGCAGUGAAAGAGUCAAGAGUUUGAUACAAGGGGAAGAAAACGUUCCUUCACCGCGUUUACUAAAACCCACUGUUUCGAAUAAUAAAUUACCAGAAGCGGAAUCCCCAGUGAGUACACCACGUUCAACAAAAUCCGUUGAUACUGUCAAAAGUUUAUUAGAGCUCGAACGAAAUGCUUCUGAACCUCAAAUAACAAAAUCAAUUGAAAACCUUAGCAUUGCAGGUAGCGUCGAUGAACAAAUUAAAAGAACUAGUCCCUCUGUAGUCAGUAUUCAAAGUGCUCAGCGUCCUAAAUUUGGACGCAAAAAGGUUGCGUGGAAUUAAAUUUCGAAAAUGAUUGAAUAUUUAAAUUUUUAAUGGAAGCGGGUAUUAGAUAGUUAAGAUAUUAUGGAGAACAAAAUUGAAUUGGAUGGACAAGAAAGUCUAAUUGUUAAAGAGAGCUAAAUUUUUUAAAGAAAUAUGUAUAUUUUUCAUGCUAUAUUUUUUUUUUGUUUGUAAAAUUGGUUAUGUCUUAUUUUGAUGUGAAGAGAUAUUGAUAAUGUUUAU